ACUCAGCAGAAAAGUAACAUCUUGUUCACACACAAGAUUAUAAUUAAUAAUGUCUGCCUCUUUACCAACAGAAUGUGCGAAGGGAUAUUUUGAUCCGGUAACUGAAUGUACGAAAUCUUGUAACUGUCGAGAAACAUCAGAAGAAUGUGAUAAGGAGAUUGGAAAAUGUGUGUCUGGUUGUCCGGAUGGGUUUUAUGAAGAAGAUGGAUGCCAAAGAGCCUGUCCAAGUGGUAAAUUUGGUAUUAACUGUAGUGAAACGUGUGGUAAUUGUCAGUACCAGUUACCAUGUAAUAAAUCGAGUGGAUAUUGUCCAUCAGAAGUAUGUGCAGCACAUUGGAAGCCACCUAUGUGUGAUGAAUGUGCUGAUAAUUUUUGGGAUUCCGAUUGUAAGAAACAGUGUGGCCAUUGUUUAAAUGGUGCUGUUUGUGAUAAGGAAGACGGUACUUGUCCUAAUGGCUGUGAUGCUAAUUGGCAAGGUGCUAGAUGUGAUGAAUGUUUGGAAGGAAAAUGGGGAUUGGAUUGUGCCAGUGAUUGUGGUAGCUGUGUUAAGGGUACAUGUAGCCAGUUAGAUGGUACUUGUCAGUGUCUGCCCCAUUGGACGGCGCCAUUUUGUCUGGACUGUAUUGACGGGUUUUAUGAUGAUAACUGUUCGUCUGUCUGUGGAAAAUGUAAAGAUGGCGCUGCAUGUAAUACUACGACUGGUAUUUGUCAAGAUGGAUGUAGAGUUAACUGGUUACCAGAGUUGUGUCAAGAAUGUGUUGAUGGUUUGUUUGGUGAGUCUUGUUCUACGCAGUGUAAAUGUCGAACAAAUAGUGAAAUCUGUAAUAAAAAUACAGGCUAUUGUACCAGUGGCUGUGCUGAUGGACAAAAACCUCCCAACUGUAUCGAAGAAUGUGAUAAUGGUAAAUUUGGUACUAAUUGUAGUUCACAUUGUGGACAUUGUAAAGGUGGACAACCGUGUGAUAAAGUAACAGGUGUUUGUGUCAAUGGAUGCGAACCUAAUUUUAAUGGUAAAACGUGUGUCGAAUGUAAGGAUGGUAUGUAUGGUAGAGUUUGUAAUAAUAAAUGUGGUAAAUGUAAGGAUAAUGCUAUAUGUGAUAAGAAAACUGGUAACUGUCCUAAAGGAUGUGUAAUUGGUAUGAAAGAGGGACUAUGUUCUGAAGCUUGUGAUGAUGGUACACAUGGAGAAGGAUGUAAGUUAACCUGUGGUAACUGUGCUGGUAAUGAUGCUUGUGAUAAAUCUACUGGAGCAUGUCCUCAAGCUUGUCAAGAUGGUUGGGAGACUAUGUAUUGUAAUAAACAACAACCCAAAUCGUCCAUGAUGUUUGUUGCUGUUGGUAUUGCUGCUGCUAUAUUAUUAUUAUUUAUAAUAUUAAUCAUCGUCUUCCUAGUUCGAAGGCGUUCAGCAGAAAAAGAAAGUCGAUUACGUCUACGAGAUGACUUUCAUAAUAACACGAUCGGUCGGGAAAUUACAGGAUUAGAAAACCGAGCUGCAGUAUUUAAUGUGAACCCAGUAUUGGAUUUAAAGGAUGAGUUUGAUGAUACAGAUGAUGAUAAUAACUAUGAGGAAGAAAGGGGAACCGUUGAUAUGGAUAAUGUUUAUGUAAACAAUGUAAACAAGGCAAUUGAUGUUAGUGAUCUUAGAUAUACAAUAGAGAGGAAAACAACAAAAGAUGAAUUUUCAAGCGAAUUUCAGAUGUUGCCAAAGGGUUUAACUAAAAAACAUGAUGUGGGUACCAGGCCUGCUAAUAAAAAGAAGAAUCGGUUCCUGGCAAUUUAUCCAUAUGAUGAUACACGAGUAAAAUUACCUACUCUAACAGGUGAUGAAACAUCAACAUAUAUCAACGCUAAUUACAUACAGGGUUACAAACAGCAAAGAAAAUAUAUAGCAACACAAGGAUGUCUGCCACAUACUAUUAAUGAUUUUUGGAGGAUGAUGUGGGAUGUGAAAGCCCGACGAAUCGUUAUGUUGACGAGUUUAGCUGAAGGUGGAAAGAUUAAAUGUAGUCAUUAUUGGCCAGAUUUAGAUAAAAAGGUUUUAUUUAACACCUACCAGAUCCACAAUAAACAAGAGAUCAGACGAUCAGACUAUACAAUUAGAAUAUUUGAAAUGACAGAAAGACAGAGUGGAGACCAGAGAGAAAUAUUACAAUUUCAUUUUACCUCGUGGCCAGAUCAUGGUGUCCCAUCGGUUCCUGCUUUACUCUAUUUUUAUAGAUUAGUCAAAUUGGCCGCCACUGAAGACGAGGGACCACUUGUGACGCAUUGUAGUGCUGGUGUGGGAAGAACUGGGACGUUUUUAGGUUUGGAUGCUAUGUUAGAGCAAGCCAGUGUUGAAAAUAAAAUAAAUGUAUUUAAAUAUGUAACUGCCAUGAGAGAAGACCGAGUUAACAUGGUACAAACUAAGUGUCAAUAUAUAUUUUUACAUCAUGUUUUGUACGAAGCUUUGAUCAGUAAAAACACCUUCUAUACCACUACAAGAUUUGAAGAAGUUUUCAGUAAAGGCGUGGCACUGGGGUCAGAUCUAGAAAAACAACUCAAGAAAGAACAUCAGAAUUUAUUGGCUUUGCGUCAGCAUUUAUCUCCCGAAGAAACAAAAGCAGCCUUGGCACCAGAGAAUAUUAUCAAAAAUAGAUGGGCAGAUAGAUACCUACCAGCUGACGAAUAUAGAGUAUUUUUAACAACACCAGUGAAAGGAACCACAAGUUACAUUAAUGCUGUAUCUUUACCGUCUAUCGCAGAAGCGGGUGGUUAUAUAACAACACAGAUGCCAUUAGAGGAGACAGUUGUAGAUUUCUGGAGAAUGAUUUAUGGUAUGGAUGUACAGUCUAUUGUUUCUGCUGAUCCCUCGGUUGCUCAAAACGGAUUACCGGAUUUUGGUGUCUACUGGCCCGAAGAGAAUGAAGAAUUAUUGGUUUCGCCAUUUAAAAUACGAUGUACAUCUAUUAGUAUCUGUGCUGAAGAUGUUCUCGAAUAUAAUUUGUGUUUUAAAUUACAAACCAAGAGUGAUCUAUCAGAAGAAAAGUUUGUAAAAUUAUUUGUAUUGAACUGUUGGCCUAAAGAUACACUGGUACCCAGAGCUGUAUCGCCUAUAUUAUCUGUGUUGGAGACAGUCAAUCAAAGACAAACCAACUUUCAUAAUCCUAUUGUCUUCCAGUGCUUGAAUGGUAUAUCUAGAAGUGGUAUGUUAUCAGCAGCAUCUUUAAUAAUCUCCAGAUUAAAGAUGGAUAAAGAAAUUGACAUUUUUUCUACGAUACGACAAAUACAAAUUAUGAUGCCAGAAGCUAUUUCAACUUAUGAACAGUACAAGUUUUGUUAUACAAUUGCAACCAGAUGUUUAGACAGUAUGAAGGUUUACAGUAAUCUUUGAUUUGAUUUUAUAUAAAAAAUAAUUAUUCACCAGCAUAAUAUGUGAUAUUUUGUCUUUCCAAUUUAAAGAUGCACUCCCACGAAUUUAUUUAUCCGAUGGUUAUUUCUAAUAAAAGUAUGGCUUCGUUUAAUAAAGUAGAAACACUCAAUCUUACUAGAAAAUUACUGGAUUCACUGAAAAGCACCGUGGGACUAAAAUGUAAGGUGUGACUAACUGGCAGUCAGUCUGCUCGAGCGGCAUAAGGGCUGCUUUGUAUAUGUUGAUCUAAUGGCUAGCGAUUGUGAGAACAGUGAGAUACUUAAACGUCCAGUUGACUCUGCGAUUAACAAUGAGAAAGAAAGUUGGCAGAUUAUAAUCCAAGAAUUUACUUCGACUACGAGAUUUAUGGUGAAGGAACAAGAAAAAUACCAUAAAGUCACGUGGCAAACAAGGCUGCUUAAAAUAUAUUGUUGCGGCAUAUUGUAGUUUUGUUGCGAUUAAAAUGUUCUGAGAGUGAUCUGUAGCACACUUUUGAUGUAUAAAUUAGAUUGAAUUUUCUUUUAGCCUUAAUAGAUUAUCAAAUCACACAGUUUGUUUGCGGGUAGGCAUCUUUAAUAAAACAUUUUUUGAACUAAAAUUGUUAGAAAAAGAAUAAUUCCGAAGAAAAAAGAAUGGAAACAAAUAUAUUUGAAAAAAUGGAAAAGAUUUUCUUGUCUUGCUAUAUAAGUUUAAAAUAAAAUAGCAUUCAAAAGUUUUUGAAAUGAUUUGAAAAUAUUUUUAAGACUCUCUUAAAAUAAAAUAGCAUUCAGAAGUUUUUGAAAUGAUUUGAAAAUAUUUUUAAGACGCGAUAAAACUCUCAUAGAAUUGGAAUCUUGAAAGACAACUAAUAAGAAGUAAAAUUACUGAUCGGUGUUUAUAUGGUCUAUCAGUUCUCUUAUAUUCUUUAACUUUACCUAUUAAAUGAAUAGACUAUUUAAAUCAAUUUGGGAUUUUUAAAGGCAAGUAUGGAGUUACAUAUUAGUAGGUCUGUCGAAACAGAUCAACGUCAAUAAAACAAACUUGAUAUCAGACCAGUGGCGGAUUACCCGAAUUUGUAAGCAACUGCAAUCAUUAUAUAAACUUGAGUAGAAAAUAAAUUUAAUUAAAAUAUAUUUAAGUAAAUUUAUUUAUAGUAUAUUUUGAUUUGAUAAUUGUAUUUGUGCUUGUACGAUAUUAUAUCAUUUGAAAUGAAUUAAAUCAGCUCGGCAGGGUUGGGCAUUGUUGAACAUUGAAGGUGGACUGAAGUUUAUUAUUUGACAUAAAUUACUAACCAUUAAGCAUUCACUGAUUUGAGAUAGUGCUGUUCUAUUAUAUAACGUCUAUAUUCAAAUCAAUAAAUAAUCAAUAAUAUUUUCUAUAUGAUUGAAAUUCAAUAUAGUCUCAACUGACUUUUGGGAGAGGGUCGGUGGGCAUGCAGUUGCCCCAUGCGUCUUAAUCCGGCACUAUACAGACUAUAACUCAGUUACAAAUACUUCUAUUUGUUUAUAGGUUUAUUUUAUAUACAAAUAAUUCUUCCAUUCUUAAUUUACAUUAAAUUAUUGUUUCAAAACGAAUUAUUAAAGGAAAAAUGCCCCUACAUUUCUUUCAUCCUGAUAUUUUUCUUAUUAUUUAUCAUAUUUGUAUUUAAUGAAAAUGUAUAAUAUAUUCUAUAUUUGUAUAUUAUA